GAAGUGUCUACCUUGUGGGAGGUCCUUGAGGCCGCUGAGGUCGUGGUUGUCUGUUGAACGGCUUGUGGAAGUUGUGCUGCCUUGGGUAGGGCGUUAAAAUCGUUCUUGAGAGGAACGUCUCUGUCCGAAGAGAAAAUGAGUUUAGCACUGAGAAAUGAGCUAGUAGUAGACAAAACAAAGAGGAAAAAAAGAAGAGAACUCUCUGAAGAACAGAAACAAGAAAUUAAAGAUGCUUUUGAACUGUUUGACACAGACAAAGAUGAAGCAAUAGAUUAUCAUGAAUUAAAGGUGGCAAUGAGAGCCUUGGGGUUUGAUGUAAAAAAAGCUGAUGUACUGAAGAUUCUUAAAGAUUAUGACAGAGAAGCCACAGGGAAAAUCACCUUUGAAGAUUUUAAUGAAGUUGUGACAGACUGGAUAUUGGAAAGAGAUCCACAUGAAGAAAUAUUAAAGGCAUUUAAACUAUUUGAUGAUGAUGAUUCAGGUAAAAUAAGCUUGAGGAAUUUGCGACGUGUUGCCAGAGAAUUGGGUGAAAACAUGAGUGAUGAAGAACUUCGGGCUAUGAUAGAAGAAUUUGAUAAAGAUGGUGAUGGAGAAAAAAGAGUGAGCAUGCACAUGUGCAUGAGUGGUGGGGAGGGACAGAAGAAGAGGAAGAAGCUGACUAGCCCCAACCCCUUGCACUGAGCAGGAGCCUGACUCAGACUUGAUCCCAGGACCCUGAGAUAUAUGACUUGAGCCAAAGGCAGACGCUUAACCAACUGAACCACCCAGGUGCCUCAUUUCUCUAAAUUCUAUAUUUAAAAGACAUGUAAUAGAAUUUACCCUAUGAAAUGAUUGACUUAUGAAAAUUUGGUUAAAAGGCAGAGUAGAGGAAAAUGAAGUGUUGUAUUUGAUUCAAUAAAUAUUUUAUCAGGUGCCUAUUUAAAGGUAGGCAUUAUGCUAGAUUUAUUAGAUAUAGGAACUUGAUAUAAGAUAUUAUUGAUAGAGAAGGAAAUGUACAAAGGCAUACAGAUUUUCUUAGUUUCCUGAAAGGCUCACUCGUACUAGAGGAGCUAAUUUACUUUGCUUAGCCUCUUCUUUCCCUUCAGCUUUCCACUUUUUUGGAUGUAAGUAUUCUGUUUUAGGCUGUGGAAAUUAUGGAAUAGUUUAAAAUAUAUUUAAAUGGUAUAAUACUUUAAAGUGUUCAUACAUAAAUAUAACAAAAAUUGACUCUUGUGAUUUUAAAACUAUAUAUGAAAAUUAAUUUUGAAAUUUGUUGUAAUUUUAUAGGUGAGAGAAAAAAGUUCUAGGUCUUUAAGGAACAAAUCAUACAAAUCAUAUUUUUCAGAUUUUGAGUAAUUUGAUCAUAGCUCUGUUAUGCUAUUAAAAUAAUUUAUAGUCAGAUUAUUCUAAGGUGGUUUUUCUUAAGAACAUACUCUUAUUUCUUAUUUUGGUCUAGAUACCUCAGUCUAGAUUGACAGAGUCAGAGGUUCUUAAAUGUGAAAGUGUAUAAUGAUGAAAUUAUUUAAACUUUUAUAUGUAUAGAUAUAUUUUUUCUUUUUUAAACUGGGAGAGAAAGCAUUCAUAGCUUUCAUAACAUGUUGAAACAUGUUUUUAAGUGAAAAAAUUAAAGAUCACUACUACAAUUUGUUAAGAUCAUUUUGAGUAAUAUAGGUUAUAUAUUCUGUUUUACUCUGUCAUAGUGUCUUGUAGAUGUUUAAUACUGAAAUGCAUGGAUUCAUGGUUCAUUAUCAGCUCUGGACAUCUCAUUCUUUUUAACUCCUUAGAACUUAAUUUCACAAUAUUUUCUUUUCUUUCUUUCUUUCUUUUUUAUUAUUAUUUUUUUAAGAUUUUAUUUAUUUGACACAGAGAGAUCACAAGUAGAUAGAGAGGCAGGCAGAGAGAGAGGGAGGAGGAAGCAGGCUCCCUGCUGAGCAGAGAGCCCAAUGUGGGACUCGAUCCCAGGACCCUGAGAUCAUGACCUGAGCCGAAGGCAAUGGCCCAACCCACAUGAGCCACCCAGGCACCCUCUUUUUUAAAACUAUAUUGCUGAUGGUAUCCUACCUUAGCUUUCUUUCCACCUCUUGUUAAACCAGAUCAUAUGUUUUUAUUUCAAAGCCCAAGUCAAGAUUUAUUCUUACCUAAAUUUUUCUCAGAAGUAAAGAUUUUUCCCAUUAAGAUGGAAUGUUUUUCAACACAGAGAGCUGGGUUUUGCUUUUUUUUUUUUUUUUAAGAGUUUUUAAAAAAAAAAUUUUUUUUUUAAGAUUUUACUUAUUUAUUUGAGAGAGAAUGAGAGAGAGAACAUGGGAGAGGAGAAGGUCAGAGGGAGAAGCAGACUCCCCAAGGAGCUGGGGACCUGAUGCGGGACUCAAUACUGGAAGUCCAGGAUCAUGACCUGGACUGACUGAAGGCAGUCGCUCAACUAGCUGAGCCACCCAAGCACCCUUGGUUUUGCUUUAAUAA